GCUCAUGCGUCAUCACUGAGCGCCAAGACAAACGUUACGUUUGAAGUCCGCGACUGACCGAGCGCACGUCUUUGGUUGAGCUUGAGCCGCUUUGCCGGUGUCGGUAAUCGGUUUCCUAUCCAGUUUGGUGCCGAAGCUCCGGGGCUGCCCAUGAACGGCACCAUGGCCGCGUCCUCACACCGGAUAAUGCUGGGGCCGUUGGUUGCUGCCAUCGACCAGGGGACGAGCUCCACCCGGUUUUUGGUGUUUAAUUCAAAAACAGCAGAGCUCCUCAGCCAUCAUCAGGUGGAAAUCAAACAGAGCUUCCCCAAAGAAGGAUGGGUGGAGGAGGACCCCAAAGAAAUUCUGCAGUCGGUGUACGAGUGUAUGGAGCGGACGUGUGAAAAACUCACCCAGCUCAACAUAGACAUCUCAAACAUUAAAGCUAUUGGAGUGACCAACCAAAGAGAGACCACGCUUGUUUGGGACAAAGAGACAGGGGAGCCCCUCUACAAUGCGAUCGUUUGGCUGGACCUGCGGACUCAAUCAACAGUUGAACGUCUAAUUAACAAAACUCCAGGAAGGAAUAAGAACCACUUGAAGCAUAAAACGGGGCUCCCGAUCAGCACUUACUUCAGCGCAGUGAAACUUCGCUGGCUGAUGGACAACGUGGACGAGGUCCACGAAGCCGUCGUGUCUCACCGCGCCAUGUUCGGCACCGUGGACUCCUGGCUCAUUUGGUGUUUGACAGGGGGCAGGUCAGGCGGAGUCCACUGCACAGAUGUGACCAACGCCAGCAGAACCAUGCUGUUUAACAUUCACACUAUGGACUGGGACCCAGAACUUUGCAAAUAUUUUGGUAUUCCCAUGGAGAUCUUGCCCAGAGUGAGGAGUUCUUCAGAAAUAUAUGGUCUCAUGAAAAUAUGUUCUAGCCUGAAAUCUGGAGCUCUUUCAGGUAUCCCCAUUUCAGGGUGUCUCGGGGAUCAGUCAGCAGCACUUGUGGGACAGAUGUGUUUUCAGGACGGACAAGCUAAAAACACGUAUGGAACUGGCUGCUUUCUUCUGCGAAGCACUGGAGCCAAGCCGGUAAUGUCUGACCACGGCCUUCUGACCACUGUGGCGUACAAACUUGGUCGGGACAAACCUGCCUGUUAUGCACUAGAGGGCUCCGUGGCCAUUGCAGGAGCUGUGGUUCGCUGGCUGCAGGACAAUCUCGGGAUCAUCGGAUCAUCUGAAGAGCUUGAGAAGUUAGCUGCAUCAGUUGGUACAUCCUAUGGCUGUUAUUUUGUCCCUGCAUUUUCGGGUCUCUAUGCACCUUACUGGGAGCCCAGUGCAAGAGGGAUCAUUUGUGGGUUAACUCAGUUUACUAAUCGCAGUCACCUCGCAUUUGCUGCACUUGAAGCGGUCUGCUUCCAGACACGAGAGAUACUGGAUGCCAUGAAUCAGGACAGCGGCAUCCCGCUAACUCAGCUGCAGGUGGACGGAGGAAUGACGUCCAACAGGUUGCUGAUGCAGCUGCAGGCAGAUAUUCUCUGUAUCCCUGUUGUGAAGCCGUCCAUGCCUGAGACCACAGCUCUCGGUGCAGCGAUGGCAGCAGGAGCAGCCGAGGGGGUGAGCGUGUGGAGUCUGAGCCCAGAGGACCUGAGUGAAGUCACCUCAGAGAAGUUCGAGCCUCAGAUCAACCCUGAAGAGAGUGAGUUUCGGUAUGCUCGGUGGAAGAAGGCGGUUCAGAAAUCCAUGAACUGGGAGACGACAGAGCCUGUUUGUAAUGGAAACGGUGAAACUAGUAUCUUCAGCAGCGUCCCCCUGGGCUUCUACAUCAUGGGCAGCAUGUUGAUGUUAAUUGGUGCAAAAUACCUUGCAGGCCACAACUAGGCUCAGACUCCCGUGGGCAUUAAAGCAAAGAGGAAAGUGGAAACAAACGCUCUCCAUGCUGGACCACCACUUCUACUCUCGCUUGCACUCUUUUCCAAAAGGCACUCCAGGAGACGGACACGUUUGAACUGGCUAAUGGAACUUUUUCUUUAUUAUUUUAAUUUGAAUGCAUUUUUUUCUGCAGCAGACAAGAACACGUUGGUACAUUAGACAUUAAUUUUAGCAGGUGUGCAUGCAGUAUUUGUUUUUUACAAUGUUGCUAUGGUAUGAAUUUCUGAGCUCAUUUAUGUAGAAACUCUACCAAUGGUAGUUCAGAUUGUCGUAAUCUUUCCACAGCUGUGUUAUGUCAAGUUCGCUGUCUAAUUGGCAUUACUUGUUGUUCGUCACUUCACUGUUACCCUUGAACGGUCGUCGAACAGUCAUCUUUGAUUUUCAAGACCCUCCACUAUGAGCUACAGAGGAAUUUUUAGAGCACUUUAUAUUUUUGUUUUGUUUUGUGGGAGCCAUGUACUAACAGAGUCUAAUAUAUAUAUUUUUUAACAGUUGGGAUUAAGACACAGAAGGUUUGAGUUGGUUUGAAGUAAAAUUAAAACAAGGGAAGGAGGGGACGAGAGUUAAUGGACUGACGAGGUUACUUUUUGGCGAAAGUGAUGUUCUUGUACAUACUUUUGUAAACAAUAAAAAUAUCCAUUGUGUAAUGGGCAAACGAUGCAAUGGAGGGCAAUGAUGAAUUGGCAGAUAAUUUUUGUUUUUCUGCGUUCACGCAGAAUAUAUGAAGACAUAAGAAUAAACAGCUACAUAUAUUUGUAUAUUUCUGUGGAUUUGACAUGACAUUUAAAAAUUCUCCCAAAGCUAGAGACCAACUAAGAACAUCAUUAAGGGACAAAAACUGAAGCAGCUGUUAAUAAGUAAUUUAGUUAGCUUUUUCAUUCUGGGAUGCUUGUUUUCAUUACAUGCAUCUGCAAACAGUGAAUUUUUUAAUGCUUAUUAUAGCUCAGAUUCAGUUUUAUGACUUAAACAUUGUCUGUUGUUUGACUAUAGGGUUAUAAAAAUGGCAAAAAAACAUUAUUUUCCACAGAACUCAUAAUAUUGUUCCUCUGGUCACAGGUUGAUGUGAUCAUUUUUCCGUUUUUGUCAUAAUUUAUCAGGGGAAAUUACAUUUCUGUCAUUCUAGCUGCCUAGUUACUCUUUCAACCUGAAAUUCUUCAAAAAUGUUGAAUUAACUUCCACGUCUGUCAAAUUAUGCAGACAUCUUGUGUUGAACAACUCGAAUGCAGACUUUUUAUAAGCUUCCUUAAAGAUAACUCUCAAUGAAGAAGCUUUAUUGCACUAAAAUAUUAAAGUACAGUAUUUUUUAAUUAAUAAAUACUAAUUAAUUAAUUAAUACUUAAUUCAAAAGGAGCUUUAUAAAACCAUAGAAACAGGAAAUCCUGAACUAGUUCCCUUUGCUGUGUAGUCAAGCUUUGAAGAGUUAACUUUGAGGAAGUAGAAACCAGUAAACAAAUAUCAGUAUUCUAUUGCCCAACAUUUCAUAUGUCAUAUUUGUCUUGUGUGGCUCUGAAACAAAAAGAAAGCCAGUGCUUCCAUUUGAUGGAGGAAGAACGGGUAUUUUGUUUAAGAAAUGGUUACUUAUUACUGCGUUCAAAGGCUUAAAGUGCUCUUUUGGGAUAUACUGACUAAUAGACUUAAAAUGAUCACAAGCAUGAAAGCAAAGUGUGCAACCAACUCUCAUGUAAGACCUUUAACUGUGAAAUUGUUGGUUUUGAUGAUGAAUUGUUUCAUAUUGAACAAUGAAAAUAUGUUUUCACCUGUUUGCUGCUCGCUCUGCAUGUCAUUCCCUUCGACUCAUUCACAGUGGAAUCGAUAUAAAAAGUGUACAAUCCUGUUCAAGUCCUUUACGGGAGAAUAAAUGUGAUUAAAAAUAAA